CAUGUUAACUGAGCCAAAAAGGUUAUGAAAGUAUGCACUUAACAUACGCCAAUAUCUGCGCCAUAUUUGCCUUGCAGGAAAAUGAAGCUAUAGUACUUUCAACAAUAUAAAAUGUUGUAAACAAAAGAAGAAUGUCCUGGAUGACUGUUCUAUACUGCCGGUCUGCUCUGUUUCUGUGGAACAUCUUAGUAACACCGAAUGAAUCAAGAACGCUUCAAAUAAAAGAAGUUGAAAUUUGCCCAACAGACCAAUCACAAUGGGAGAAGGCAUCACGAGACUUAAACUGCACUAAUCCAGACAGAUACCAGUGUACUCCCAAUGAAAACCUAACAGCUUUACUGGAAUACUGUUAUCACCAGCCACCUACUUUCGUCGAGAAAGGGUUUUGUUGGAUCAUAUCGGAUUCUCAUUUCACGGAUACUUACAAAUGUUCUGGAUUCACAGAGGGAUGUCCAAACACUACUUACAGAAGCAACGAACUCUAUAAAUAUCAGGAAUGUCUAAAGCUAAAUAAGUUGGAAGGAUGUUACUUGGCUGACCAAAACUGUCCAACCCCGGGGAAUGUGACAAGAACAUCAUAUACACCGACAAUGACCGAAGAUGAUACUUUUUCUUCAGAAAUAUUUCUUGGGACAAUGGUUUCUGGUGCUUUCAUCAUUAUUGUCAUGAUCAUUUUUGCUGCUUUAAUUGUAAGAAGACGUUUAAUAGGUAUGGAUUAA